UCACCGUUUGCCUCUAAAACUGUGAUUGACUCGCUCGUUGUUCACCGUUUUAGAGAAGAACGGUGAAUACAUCACUGUUUUUUUUUAAUGGUGAAAUAUUCACCGUCUUUGUCAAACGCGGUGAUAGUCUUCACUGCGUUUGUCAAAAACUGUGAAUGCCAAACAUGUGUACUUUGGGGAAAAAAAUUAUAACUUAUGUAUUUUGGGAAAUUUUUUUAAGAACAUGUGUACAGUGGGAUUAUUUCCAAGUUUCGCGUUGUGGGAGUUCAACUUCCACAACUUUGUUGAGGGUCGGCGUUUACUUCUGAUCUUGACUGGCCGGUUAUCCAAACCUGCUAAUACUGCUUCUAACAAGGAGAAAGAAGACUGGGCAGCAAGCAACGCCACGAUCAUCACGUGGCUGCUCGCUUAUGUCAACACCGCCACCGCCCUGGGUUUCCGUGUUUCUCCUUGGCUCAUGAGAUGUGGUCUCACACCCACUAACACUCAGGCCAACACUUCGCGAAAAUUCCAACUUGAAUACAAUCUCUCACGUUUUGAACAGGGUGAUCAUGAUGUCCGUAGCGGAGGUUUUGAAGGAUCAGUCACAUGCCUGCCUCCUUCAGUUUCUUAUGAAGCUUUGUAAAGAGUUUGAGCUGGUGCGUGCCUCUCUUAUUCAUGGCAACGUGACCUCCAUGGAUGAAGCCUUUGCAGAACUUGUUCGUGAGGUGACUCAGCUGAAGAGUCAGGCUCAGCUCGAUCAUCAUCGCAUUGAGAGUGCUUUCGUAGUCAGUCGUCCGGGUUUGCAUCGUUCCACCAAACCCCAUUUUACCCAAGGUAAUACGGGAACUCUUACAUGCCAUUUCUACCGAGAAAGUAAUUAGGUCACAUUAUCUUGGAUUGUAAGAUGCUUGCAAAAAAAGUCCCGCCCCCUCAUUCUGCUGGCAUUCUAGGACAUCGAAGUCAAGCUUUGCUGUUGCUCCUAAUAGUAAUUAUGUCUCUUCUCCGCCCAUGGGUCAAGAACUCAAUUCUGCUCUUAUUCGUCGGCUGGUUGCUGAAGCUCUUAAGGAGGCGCUUCCUAUAGCCUUAAACUCGGCUUGGUUCUUUGCAUAACUUGUCCCUUUCAUAUUUCUUUUAUCUCUUCUUGGCUGUUUCAGCCUCCUCAAACCCCUUUCUUCUUUGUAUCUUUAGCCUCCCUCUCUUUUUCGAUUCUUGAGGAGGAGGAACACCAACAUCUCCCCACACAGAAAUUGGCCAAUGAUCCCUACCAACAGUAGGCGAAAUGGAGUGACUAUAAAUAGCUGCAGUUGUU